GGGCUAACCGGACUUCCACACCUACGCCGGCCCUGCCGUUAGAUUUGCAAGCGCUCUACUCAAGCUUCCCUUUCGCUCUUCUAGGGUUUUGGAAUCACGAUUUCUCCAUCACCGAGGCUCGAAACUGCGUCGUUUUACUCUCAGUCUCAGAAAAUGCUGCCGAGGUUGAGCAGAGCUCUCCCUCAGCUCUCGCGGCUGGGCUCACAGCGCGGCCUGAAUCACCGUAACGAUUUCUAUGCUAUUUCGCGCCAAAGCUACGCCAAGGCAGCUGUAGCUCCGGUCGAUACUCCGAGCGAGCCAGCGGUGAAUUUGGACAAGCUGUUUUGGUCCAAGCCGUGCUCGUUGGCUCUGCCUCCGGAGUCGCCGUUGAGGAUUGAGGAGCCGCAGUAUGGGGGAAUCAAGCGUGUGCUGUUUACACUCAUGCUGUUCUACACCAAACAAAGCAAGUCCAUUCGAGGGGCGAAUGUGGUGUAUAAGAGAGUCCUAUCGCAGGCUGAUAAACCGGCCAUAUACGAAGUGUUUAACUUGGAGAGAACUUUUAAGACGAAUUAUGCUUUGCUUGUACUUCAUAUGUGGCUUUGUUUACGCCGGUUGAGACAAGAGGGCAAAGAAGGUGUUGAGCUCGGGCAAUAUGUGUAUGAGACUUACAAUCACGAUGUGGAACUUAGAGUAUCUAAGGCUGGGGUCAACUUGCUAUUGAGUAAAUGGAUGAAAGAUUUGGAGAGGAUAUUCUAUGGAAACAUUGUUGCUUAUGAUGCUGCACUGCUUCCAGAGGCAAGGCAGGAUGAGCUGCCAAAUGUCAUAUGGAGGAAUGUCUUUUCUGAUGAUGGUUCAUCAAGGCCAGAUGAGGCUGCAUCAAGAACUGUCCAGGCAAUGGCAAGAUAUGUUCGCCGGGAAGUUAGUUGCCUGUCCUUAACAGAUAAAGAAGCUAUGUUUACUGGCAAUUUCAUGUUUACUCUACUAAAGAUAUAAGAACCAAAAUUGGAGGAAUCCAGAUGAGAACGAACCUAUCCGGUCAUAUGCAGAUUUUCCUUGUUUUGGGAGAUUGUUUUCAUACUGUAAAAGAUAGUUUUCCUUGCUGAAAGAAAUCAGUUGUUCACUUGUAAAAGACCAGGGUAUUUUAGUAAUCAAACUAGUUUUAAUACCGAUUCCAUAUGGUAAUUAGUUUCAUUCCUGUUUUGAUUUUUUAUGGUAAGUAAACAGUAAAUUAUAUGAAAUAUUCUCAUACCGAUUCUUGUUG